AUGGUGAUGGAUGGUGUAAACAUUAAUCCUGCGUUUUCUUCUGUUCUAGGCACAAAUCGAACUGUGAUUGAUCACAAUCACCCUCUGUUUCUACAUCCAAAUAAUACUCCAGGUAGCUUUCUUGUUUCUCUUCAGCUCACUAGAUCUGCAAAUUAUGCUCUGUGGAGCAGAUCUAUGAAAUUAGGUCUGCUAGGAAAGAGUAAACUAGGAUUUGUCGAUGGAAGACACACUAAAGAUAAGUUUGAUGCAUCCUUACAUGAUCAAUGGGAGAAAGUGAAUGCUUUAGUGUUGUCAUGGAUCAUGAAUGCUGUGAAAUCUGAUCUUCUAAGCAGCAUUAUCUAUGCUUCGAAUGCUCACAAGGUGUGGCUUGAUUUACAGGAGAGAUUUGAUACUAUUAAUGGUUCUAGAAUAUUCUAUCUUCAUAGGGAGAUUGUUACUCUUACACAAGGAACUCAGUAUGUAUCUGACUAUUUCUCUAAAAUGAGAACUCUCUGGGACAAUUUGAUGCACUCAUGCCAUGUCCAGGGUGUAAUUAUCCUGAAUCUCGCAAUUAUUCUCAACACUGUGGCUAUCAGAGACUUACAAUUUCUCAUGGGCCUUAAUGAAACAUAUGCUCAAUGUAGAAGUCAACUUCUAAUGAUGUCUCCGCUUCCUACUCUAAAUAAGGCCUACUCACUGGUAAUUAGUCAGGAAAGUCAGAGAUCCAUAGCUAGUUUAUCACCAGUAAGUCAGGUAGUUGAGUCUAUUGAAGGAACAGGCUUCUUUAGUCAUAAAGGAGGAACUAGAGUAAAUAAUGGUAGGAAUAACUACAGCGGAGGUAAGAUGAAUUCAAGGAGAAACUUUUCAGGAGGAGGCUCCAGUUAUGGAGGAAACUACUCAGGCAGGAUGCCUCCUGCCAGUGGAGUUAAACCACCAAAGAAGAGCUCAAUAAUAUGUGAGUAUUGCAACUAUAAUGGUCACACCAAAGAGCAGUGUUACAAACUGAUUGGGUAUCCACCUGAGUGGCCCUCAUCUAAGAAGAAAGGAGUGUUUGCUAAUCAAGUAGGAAGUUAUGGUAAGUCUGAAUCCGGAGUGAACUGUUCUAGUGAUUCUGAGACAGCAACUCAAUGCAAUCUAGGAACCACUCAAUCCAGUGCAGGUUCACAUGGUUCACUUCCUCCAUAUUUCACUCAAAAGCAAUACACUCAGAUUAUUCAGAUGCUUAGCAAAGGUAAUGAGUGGGAACCUUCCAAUGCAGGUAUACAGACUGCUUCAUUUCCUAGUAAUGUAGAUACUAGUUGGAUAAUGGAUACAGGUGCAUCCAAUCAUAUGACCUCAAAUUAUCAUAUGCUGUCUAAUUAUACUGAAGUUUCAAAUCCUGAGAAGAGCAAGGUUAUUCUACCUACAGGAGGGACAGUACAAGUAUAUCAUACUGGAAGCUCCCAUGUUUUAAAUAAUAUGAUCACUAAUGUUCUGUUUCUACCAGAUUUCCAGUUUAAUUUGCUAUCAGUUUCCAAGUUGACUAAGGAAUUACAAUGCUCUGUGGCAUUUUUUCCUAACUUCUGCCUAUUUCAGGAUCUCUACACUGGCAUAAUGAAGGGGAUUGGUAGAGAGAGUCAGGGGUUGUAUGUGUUGAAGGAUAAGGCUAUCACUCAAUCUCAACAAUGUUUUUUUUAUAGUUGUGCAAGUUCUGUUAACCAAAGGUCUCAUUCUAGCAGUCUAUGGCAUAAACGAUUAGGCCAUGCUCCCCUGGAGGUGCUCAAGAAGCAUGAGAGUCUUAAACAUUUGGUCCUUGCAGAUUAUAGUUCCUGUGUCUACACCCCACAACAAAAUGGGGUGGUAGAAAAAAAGCACAGAACUAUCCUAAAUGUAGCCAUGUCCCUUAGGUUUCAGGUUGGAGUACCCUUGAAAUUCUGGAGGGAAUGUGUCACUACGGCUCUUUAUGCCUCCACCAUAUCACUUUCAGAUAAAUUUGCUGCUCGAGCUACUCUUGGUGUCUUCAUGGGAUAUUCCUCCACAAAAAAAGGCUACAACAUCUAUGAUCUUCAUUCUCAAUCCUUCUUUGUCAGUCGAAAUAUAGUGUUUCAUAAGUCCAUAUUUCCUUUCCUUCAUACCAAGUCUCUUGGUUCUCCUAUGUUUCCUGUUCUUCAAUUCUCUCAUCUGGAAGUUCAAUCUAGUAGUCCAUCUCCAAGCCCACCACCUCCUCAGCUUAUUCCUCAGCCUCCACCACCAGUCCCAUCACCAGUUGAACCAAGAAAAUCUACCAGAAACAGACAUCCUCCUAGAUGGAUGACUGAUUUUGUUACUCUAUCCUCUUACACUUGUUCAUAUCCCAUGUCCUCAUAUGUCUCUUACUCUAAUCUUUCACAGUCCUAUCAGUAUUCCCUACAUGCCUACUCCUCUAUUUCUGAACCUUCAUCUUUCCAGCAAGCUUCCUCAUAUCCCUCUUGGGUACAGGAUAUGCAACUUGAAAUAGAUGCAUUAGAAUCCAAUCACAACUGGUCUAUUGUAGAACUUCCUCCUGGUAAGGUUCCUAUUGGCUGUAAGUGGGUGUACAAGGUGAAAUAUAAAUCUUCUAGUGAAGUGGAAAGAUCUUUAAUAGCACUUGCAGCUUCCAAACAGUGGUGCAUUUUUCAGAUGGAUGUCCAUAAUGCCUUUUUAAAUGGUGAAUUGGUAGAAGAGAUGGGAUUCACUCAAAGUCACUAUGACUACUCUUUGUUUACCAAGAAGUCAGGAGAAGAGUUAGUGAUAAGUAUAGUGUAUGUAGAUGACUUACUAGUUACUGGAAAUAAUCUGAUCUUGAUCAAUAAAGCAAGGGAAGAUUUGAAGCACAAAUUCAAGAUGAAAGAUCUUGGAGAACGUAAGUUCUUUUUGGGGAUUAAAGUAGCCAGAUCACAAGAGGGAAUCAUGAUAUGCCAAAGAAAAUAUGCAUUAGAGUUAGUUUCAGAAACUAGUUUGAGUGGAUCAAAGCCAGUCAAUGCACCACUUGAAGUUAAUCAGAAAUUGACUUAUGUGGAAUAUGACAAAAAUAUAUCUACCAAGACAGGACACAAUGAUGAAACUUUGAGAGAUCCUACAGCAUAUCAAAGGCUAGUGGGGAAGCUUUUGUACCUAACAAUGACCAGGUUGGACAUAGCUUUUGCAGUUCAAGUCGUUAGCCAAUAUAUGCAUUGUCCAAAAAGAUCUAAUAUGGAAGAUGCACUGAGAGUUGUAAGAUAUAUCAAGGGAUCACCAGGAAUUGGUGUACUGAUGCCAUCUUAA